AAAAACUCACAUUCCAGGAUGUCUCAUCACCUCAAGAAUUUGUACAGGGAGAAGAUGUACAAGUCAUUUGCCGUGUUAUUAGUUCACCAGCGCCUAUUGUCAGCUGGUUAUAUCAAAAUGAGGAACUCUCAAAUAUUGCUGACAAUAGAUUUGCCAUGUUGCCAAACAACAAUCUUCAAAUUCUUAAAAUUAAUAAAAGUGAUGAAGGAGUAUACAGAUGUGAAGGAAGAGUUGAGGCGAGAGGAGAAAUUGACUUUCGGGAUAUCAUUGUAAUUGUAAAUGUUCCUCCAACAAUUAUUUUGCUUCAGAAGUCCUUUAAUGCUACAGCAGAUCGCGGAGAGGCAGUUACUUUGUUCUGUAAAGCUACUGGUUUCCCUGAACCUGAAAUCAACUGGUACAGGUCAGGCAAACGUAUUGAGGAAAGUGAUAAAUAUACAUUAAGAGGAAGGAAUAUGGAACUAACCAUAAAAGAUAUAAAAAAUAUUGAUUCCGGUCCUUAUAUUUGUGAAGCAAGAAAUAAAGCAGGAAGAGUGACAAAUCAGACUUUCAUGCAAGUUUUUGUACAGCCUCAAAUAAUACAACUUAAAAAUGAAACCACCUUUGAAAAUGGCCAAGCCACUCUGAUAUGUGAAGCAGAAGGAGAACCAAUUCCUGAAAUUACUUGGAAAAGAGCUGUUGAUG